AUGCAGCACUCCCAGCUGGCUCCGCUGCCCACCAAUGUGCCCUUUCGCAUUGUCUCCAAAACAAUCGGCCAGGGCGCGUAUGCUUGUAUUAAAAAGGCCGCCCCUCUCGACGCCGAUAAUCCCAUCUUCGCUGUGAAGUACAUCCACAAGGACUACGCCGCGCGCCAUGGCAAGAUCAGUGCAAGGCAACUUUCGCUCGAGGUAACGGUACACCGACACGUCACAGGCCACAACAACAUCAUCAGUUUUUACCAAACUGGUGAGGAUGAGAUUUGGCGAUGGAUCGCAAUGGAAUUGGCCGAGGGUGGGGAUCUGUUCGACAAGAUCGAGGCGGAUGAGGGUGUAGGAGAGGAUAUUGCUCACGUCUACUUCUCACAAUUGAUCAGUGCGGUGAGCUUCAUGCACUCCAAGGGUGUGGGUCAUCGGGACAUCAAGCCGGAGAACAUGCUCUUGACCAGUGAUGGAAAUCUGAAGAUUGCCGACUUUGGUCUGGCAGCGCUGUUCGAGUACAAGGGCACGAGGAAGCUCUCAACCACGUUUUGUGGGAGUCCACCUUAUAUUGCUCCCGAGGUCAUUACCUGCAGUACUCGGGGUCAGAACAAGGGAUCAGGAUACCAUCCGGAUUUGGUCGAUAUUUGGUCAUGCGGCAUUGUCCUCUUUGUCCUUCUUGCCGGUAAUACCCCAUGGGACAGUCCAACGGACGAUAGUUACGAAUUCCACGAAUACCUUACGACGAAUGCACGACCCACUGACGAGCUAUGGCAGAAGCUGCCCUCUGCCACUUUAUCCCUACUCCGCGGUAUGUUGACGGUCGAUCCCAAGUGUCGCUUCUCGCUGGAAGAUGUGAGAAGACACCCCUGGUAUACUCGAUCGAACAAAUACCUAUCACGCGACGGGACAAAAUUAAAGGAUCCUGUCAAUCUUGCCACUUCAAUGUUCGAAUCUCUCCACAUCGACUUGAGCCAAGAUCCUCUAUCUCAGAAACGGCCGGGGGCCAGCCGGAGUGACCCCAUGGAUGUGGAUAUGCACGACCAAGGAGUCAAUGCAUCCGGAGGCAUGUCUUCCACCCAACCAGAGAUGGCAGGUGGUAACAUGGUCAUGGAUUGGCACACUCCACACCUGGCUGGGGAGUACUACUCUACACAGCCCGCAGACAAGCCAUUUUCGUCCCAAGAAGCCGAGAUGUCGGCCCAUCUGGAAGACGAGCCUUCCAUGUCCCAAUUCUCUCAGAGGCCUUCUGUGCCCUUGAGUCGGACUCAGAAUGCCAAGGUAUUCCAAGAUAUCAUUCCACCUCGCUCACUGACGCGUUUCUAUUCUGCAUGGGAGUUGAAAUUAUUGGUCCCGUUGAUCUGUGAAGCUCUUCACCGACUCGGAGUACCAGUUCCUUCAGUCCCUGCCGUCACCUCUGGAGAUACCUCUGCCAUGAUUCGGGUGAUUGCCAAAGACGGUAGAAUGUGUUCACUCCAAGGCAAGGUUCACAUCGAGUGUGUCUCCGAGGGCCUCUUUGAAGUCGAGUUUGUGAAAAUCAAGGGUGAUCCCUUAGAGUGGCGUCGGUUCUUCAAGAAAGUGGCUAUCCUCUGUAAGGACGCUGUUUUCAAGCCGGACGAAUAG